AUGGCGGAAACCGCUCAAUUGACUCGUCACAUUGAGUCCUACGUUGCCUCUUCUUCCACUCCAUCUCACCAGGCUGCAAGCUUGGACGCAAUUGGAUUGUUGAUAAAGACCAAUGCUUUAACUCUAGAAGCACUUGUUAUAGGGUUGGAUAUGUAUUUGACUUCAACAGAUGCAGUUAUUCGGUCAAGAGGAAUUCUUCUUCUGGCAGAGGUGCUUACUCGUAUUCACUCAAAAUAUCUUAACAGUGAAACCAUACACAGCUUGGUUGUGUUCUUCAAGGAAAGAAUGGCAGAUUGGCAAGCAGUAAGAGGUGCACUUGUGGGUUGCUUGGCACUGAUAAAGAGGAAAAGUGUUGUGGGUAUGGUAACUGGUAGUGAUGCCAAAGCUAUUGCCCAAUCUUUUUUACUGCACUUGCAAGUUCAAUCUUUAGGACAGUAUGACAGGAAGCUAUGCUUUGAACUAAUUGAAUGCCUGCUACAACAUCAUGCUGAUGCGGUUGCUUCAUUGGAGGAGGACCUUGUUUUUGGAAUUUGUGAAGCCAUAGAUGCAGAAAAGGAUCCAGAAUGUUUAUUACUUGCCUUUCAUAUUGUCGAAUCUUUGGCACACAUAUAUCCCGAUCCAUCUGGUCUACUAGCAAGCUUUGCUAAAGAUAUUUUUGAUAUUUUAGAACCUUACUAUCCCAUUCACUUUACACAUCCAACCGGUGGGGAAACUCAUGUGCAAAGAGAUGACCUGUCAAGAACUCUGAUGCAUGCAUUCUCUUCUACUCCAGUUUUUGAACCAUUUGUUAUUCCUCUGCUUCUUGAGAAACUUUCUUCUUCACUACUUUCAGCAAAGAUUGAUUCCUUACAAUAUCUUAGAGUUUGCUCCGUCAAGUAUGGAUCUGAGAGAAUUGCAAAAUAUGCUAAGACUAUUUGGUCUUCAUUAAAAGACACCGUAAAUACUUACCUGGGUGAGCCAGAUUUGUCUUUUACUCUAGCACCCAUAGAUGGUAUUGACUUUCCAAAGAAUGGAGUUGUAAUUGAAGCUCUGUCCCUCCUUCAAGAGCUUAUUGUGCAAAAUAGCAGUCAGUUAAUUAGCUUGAUAAUUGAUGAUGAGGAUGUCAACUUUAUUAUCAAUAACAUUUCCUCUUAUGAAAUCUACGACACUAUUUCUGCACAAGAAAAGAAGAAACUACAUGCUAUUGGUCGCAUUCUCUAUAUUACUGCCAAGACUUCCAUUCCUUCCUGCAAUGCCGUGUUUCAAAGUCUUCUCUCAAGAAUGAUGGAUAAUUUGGGAUAUUCUGCUAUUAACGCCGAUGGCUUGCAAAAUGGUGGUAUUUUUACCUCACAAACGGUUAACUUCGGAUUCCUCUAUCUUUGUAUAGAACUACUUGGAGGAUGCAGGGAAUUAGUUACUUUGUCUGAGGAAAAACAUGGGACAUAUUGCACCAUACUUCAUAGUUUCUCAGCUGUGCUAUUUAAUGCCUUUGGUUCAGUCUUAGCUGUAAGUGCUGGCAGAUGUCCCCGUGAUCUUGAUAUAUACAUUGGAGUGAAGGGUUUGCUGAUUCUGGCAAUGUUUCAUUUAGAUGUUUUCCCAAUACCAAAAUCAACAUUUGAGAAUAUUUUGAAGAAAUUCAUGUCAAUUAUCAUAGAGGAUUUUGACAAAACAGUACUAUGGAAUUCCACAUUGAAAGCAUUAUUUCAUAUUGGCUCAUUUGUUCAAAACUUCAGUGAUUCUGAAAAAGCUAUGAGCUACAGGAGAUUUGUUGUAGACAAAAUUAUGGAACUGCUAUUGCGUGAUGAUAUUGCUCUACCUUUUUCACUCAAAGUAGAAGCAUUGUCUGAUAUAGGCAUGACUGGCAUGAAAAAUAUGCUUACAAUUCUUCAGGGGCUGGAAGGCGCUAUAAUUGCCAAUCUAUCUGAGGUCUAUGUCCAUAAAAGUUUAAAGUCUUUUGAAACUGCUGUUCAGCUUUUGGAGUGCUAUUCUUGCAAGCUACUUCCAUGGAUCCAUGAAAAUGGGGGUGCAGAAAAUUUUGUAGUGCAAUUUGCUGUGGAGAUUUGGAGCCAAGCCGGAAAUUGCAUGGAUUUUAAUUCUCCAUUUGAGGAAAAAGGUCUUCUUGAUGCAAUGAUGACAGCGAUGAAAGUUUCUGUUGGGUGUUGCUCAGUAGAGAGUCAAAAUGUUAUAAUUCAAAAAGCUUACAGUAUACUAUUGUCACAUACCAACUUUCAGCUUAAUGAAGUAGAAAGAUUGCCAUUAACUCUUGGAAAAUAUGACAUUUCCCUUAGGGAUGAAGGGAUACUUUUAUUAUUUACAUCAGUAACUAUCGCACUUCGCCCUAAAACACACAUUCCAAAUAUUAGAGGGCUUCUGCAUCUUUUUAUAAUAACCCUCCCCCGGGGUUUCGUUCCAGUUGCACAGGCUUUGGGUUCUAUGGUCAACAAACUCAUUUCAAAAUCCAAUGAUACAGAGAACUCUGGUGAAUUUACCUUGGAAGAAGCACUUGAUAUUAUAUUCAACACAAAAAUACAGUUUUCUAGUACUAAUAUGUUGCAGAGAUGUAAUGGAUCAAGUAAUGGGAGCGAAAUGGUUCUUACUGAUUUUUGCCUGGGCAUGACAAAUGAUAGAUUGCUUCAAACCAAUGCCAUUUGUGGGCUCUCAUGGAUUGGGAAAGGUUUGCUACUGCGCGGUCACGAAAAGAUCAAAGACAUCACUAUGAUAUUCACAGAGUGCUUAAUAUCAGACAGAAAGAGUUCUUUGCCUUUAAUUGAAGGUUCACAUGAAAAUACUGAAGAGCAGAAAUGGGAUCCUUUGGCAAGGAAAUGUGCUGCGGAUGCUUUUCAUGUUCUUAUGAGUGAUGCUGAAGUUUGUUUGAACAGAAAAUUUCAUGCCUCAAUACGGCCCCUGUAUAAGCAAAGGUUUUUCUCUUCCAUGAUGCCAAUCUUUCUGCACUUGAUCUCAAGAUCUGAUUCUUCAUUGUCCAGAUCUUUACUGUUACGAGCCUUUGCACAUGUCAUAUCUGACACUCCACUGAUUGUUAUACUGAGUGAAGCUAAAAAGCUCAUACCAGUUCUUCUUGAUUGCUUGUCUAUAUUGACAGAAGAUAUCCAAGAUAAAGAUAUAUUGUAUGGUCUGUUGCUAGUUUUAUCUGGGAUGUUGACAGAGAAAAAUGGACAAGAAGCUGUUAUUGAGAAUGCACACAUUAUCAUCAAUGGUCUAAUUAAGCUUGUGGACUAUCCUCAUAAGACGCUUGUUCGGGAGACAGCUAUUCAAUGUCUUGUUGCAUUAUCUGAGCUUCCCCAUGUGCGUAUAUAUCCGUUGAGAACACAGGUUCUACGAGUAAUACCAAAGUGUCUUGAUGAUACAAAGAGAUCUGUUCGCAAUGAAGCUGUCAAAUGUCGGCAAGCAUGGGCAUCUAUCGCAUCAUCCCGGAGUCUUCAGUUAUGA